GGGGGGAGCACUGAGAUAUACAUGAAAGGGGGAUUGUUUUUCAGAGAUUUGUAGUACCUACCCCACCGCCCGCCCUCUCACCUCUGUACACUGAGAACCCCCAUACCCCAAAGAACCCCCCUCUCCAUUUCAUGUUUCUCCUUCUAUAAAUUCAAAUCAAAAAGAGAUGCUGAAGGUGAUGUGGAUAACAAAAGAUGACAUACUGUGGUUGCAUUAGUACAGCAAUUAUUAUUAGUAGUAUUCAUAUUAGUACAGCAAUUAUUAGUAUCAGUAUUCAUAUUAGUACAGCAAUUAUUCACAUUAUGAUGACCAUGUAAACUUAUAUUAUUAUCAAAUCUAUUAAAUAGAUUGGACCUCUACUCCACAAUGUCUGCUGUGUGUUGCAGGCAACUGUGCUGAAUCUGCUGUUCUUCUUGAUUUCAAUCAAAAUGUACCAGUCUCAUAGAGGAAGAUAGAGGACUCAUCCUUGUGUCUGUGACAGAAUUGUUAUUAUUAUUAUUUGUUUUAUUUAUUUCACCUUUAUUUAACCAGGUAGGCUAGUUGAGAACAAGUUCUCAUUUACAACUGCGACCUGGCCAAGAUAAAGCACAGCAGUUCGACACAUACAACAACACAGAGUUACACAUGGAAUAAACAAACAUACAGUCAAUAAUACAGUAGAAAAAAGAAAAGUCUAUAUACAGUGAGUGCAAAUGAGGUAAGAUAAGGGAGGUAAGGCAAUAAAUAGGCCAUGGUGGCGAAGUAAUUACAAUAUAGCAAUUAAACACUGGAAUGGUAGACGAAUGUACAAGUAGAGAUACUGGGGUGCAAAGGAGCAAGAUAAAUAAAUAAAUACAGUAUGGGGAGGAUGUAGUUGGAUGGGCUGUUUACAGAUGGGCUAUGUACAGGUGCAGUGAUCUGUGAGCUGCUCUGACAGCUAGUGCUUAAAGUUGGAGAGGGAGAUACGAGUCUCCAGCGCCAGUGAUUUUUGCAGUUCGUUCCAGUCAUUGGCAGCAAAGAACUGGAAGGAAAGGCGGACAAAGGAGGAAUUGGCUUUGGGGGUGACCAGUGAGAUAUACCUGCUGUAGCGAGUGCUACGGGUGGGUGCUGCUAUGGUGACCAGUGAGCUGAGAUAAGGCGGGGCUUUACCUAACAGAGACUUAUAGAUGACCUGGGGCCAGUGGGUUUGGCGACGAGAAUGAAGCGAGGGCCAGCCAACAAGAGCAUACAGGUCGCAGUGGUGUGUAGUAUAUGGGGCUUUGGUGACAAACGUAUGGCACUGUGAUAGACUGCAUCUAAUUUGUUGAGUUGAGUGUUGGAGGCUAUUUUAUAGAUGACAUCGCCGAAGUCGAGGAUCGGUAGGAUGGUCAGUUUUACAAGGGUAUCUUUGGCAGCAUGAGUUGCUUUGUUGCGAAAUAGGAAGCCGAUUUUAGAUUUAAUUUUGGAUUGGAGAUGCUUAAAUGUGAGUCUGGAAGGAGAGUUUACAGUAUAGCCAAUGGGCAGUACCAUUGAGACAAUCCAUUCUGAAGUAAUCAAUUUUCUUUUUCACGAUUGUCGGAUCCUUCCUGAUGUCCCGGUUGGACAUGGAUCAGCCAAUGAAGUUAGAAGUCCCACCCAGUUGAAUAUAUUAAAAUGCUGGAAAUCCUCAGUGGCACCGCCCAUGAUAAAUAGCUUUUUUGCCACUAGAGGCCUCUAUCCUUAUCUAUGACCAGUCUAGCCAGUAAGGUGUUAUACAUUGUGUAACCGUUGGGGGGUGGUACAUCAACGUCUUUUUCCCCGUUUGAAAGAAAGGUGAAAGCUUGCUACACAACCAGCGCCAGCAAUUUUCAUUAGCUACCACAGCCACAAAGUCAUAAACCCCGCCCAUUUUCUACAAUUUGUCUUCUUAAAAUCUGAUUUCCAACCUCACCUCCACCUCAUUUUUAAACGUAUGCCUAAAAAAAUAAAAAAAAUGAAGACCAAAUUUGUAGCUUUUCAUGAAUUUUCUACAAUGCAGACAAUUUUGACUUUGUGUGUUCCUUAUCUAGUGGAACGCCCCCAACCGGAAACACAACGUUUCGAACCGAAAGAGCGGUGCACAUGGAAAAACACCGGGGACACGAGCUGAUGACUUAAAUUCAGAUGGAUUAUUGGAAUCAUAUUAAUCUCUAAAUUGGAUAUAAUAAGCGCUUUACUGAGGUAUGUUAAAAUAUUAGCAAGGUUUGAGGUCUAGCGUUUUUUCAAACUGCUAGCUAGCAUGGCAUUGCUAACAACUAGCAAAAACCGCACCACGUUAUAGCUAACGUUACUAUUUUUUUUCACAGCAAGAUUAAAUCACAUUCCCUGCAUUGUCAUAUCAACUGUGUUACGGACAUUAGUAUGAACGAUUAUGGGUGUAUAACGUUUAGCGAUUAAUUUAGCUAACUUCGUUAGAUAUCCAAACGUAAUGCCAACGUUUUGCUGCAUGUGUACUUUGCCAAUGUACUGUCUGUCAGCGUAACAAUUGUUAACUUUGACGAAGAGACCAGCAUCUGCGUUAAACCCUUCUGACUCCCAGAAAGCUCCGACUCAAACUCCCAUUCACUCGCUCUGCAAGCGUUAUAAUGGCAAAAUGCGUUCAUUGAAUUUUGCUGAGAAACUACCUUCAUUUACUCCCGUUAUGGCCGGUAUAAAAAAGGCUUAAGUAAAUUGGUUCAAUAAAAAUAUGAUCUCAAAUACCUUUUCAGUAUAUCCUGUUACUAUCAUCCGUAAAAUAUAUUUUCAAAUCAACUGGUCCUGGUUAUUAAGCAUGAUCAACAGUACAACUAUAAAACUCGAAUAACCAAAAUAACUUCGCUCAUUGGUUUAUUAUUAUAACGCCUAUGAAUCGGAGCAUUCUGGACUUUAGAGGUCCCUAACGUAAAGAUACUGGUUGAACUAGGUAACUACUUAAUCAUGAAACCAUAUAUUCUACCCCUGAGAGACCGUUCUUAGCUACACUAAUCUUCAGUUCUGGUGGCUAGAAUAGGGCUGUGUAGUCAUUAGUGUGCACAUCUGAAUAAAUAUGGUAGUCAAUUGCAGGUGUCUUGUCAGUAGGCCAGAGUUCCAUUGGCUGACAUGGGUUCAUUCUCUGACUCUUCUUCUUUAGAUACAUACAUCUCUUGGUAACAUGCCACUACUCACUGUACCUAACAUCUUCUGCUUUGUUGUUGUCCCUCCCCCAUAGCCUACCAUGCUGAGGUGGUGAGACUGGGUGGUCACAGUGAUAUGGUAAUGUAAAGUGAAUGACGCAGGACACUGACAGUACUGGCUACAACAACAAGAAACAGCAGUGGUUUGCCUGUGAUGAGUGGCGACGGCACUGGUUUGGGGGCCCCUGGCCCGCUAGCAGGGUAUUGGGAAAAAAUCCAGGAACGCUCAGCUUUGUUGGAGACCUGUCCAUGGUGUGCUGCUAAAGGACAGUCUCUGGCCCUGCGCUCCUACAGGAUCAACUCCCAGGAGUUCAUCACUCUCUGCACUGACCCACAGUGCCUGUUUCCCUUGGUCUCUCGUCCUUUGGAGGAUGUCCUGGCCAGCCUCGUACCCCCUCUACACCAAACUCAGACAGGGAGCAACAGGAAGAGUCCCUGCGAGUUGGAGAACGGAGACCCUGUACCUUCCCCCAAACAUGCAGGAUCGGUGGAGUCCGAAGUGGCCGAGGACGCCGUAUCACAGAGUGGAGCUCCAUCAGUCAGCGGCAUCACCAACAAACUCAACGGGGAAGAAGAGUGCUUUAAUGGGAAGAAGGAGAGAAUCCGCCAAUCAGAACACACCAACAUGGAUGUGGUGAAUAAAACCCUCAAACACACACUUCCUGAGACUGAGAGGGGACGGGCCAACGCAUAUCACAAGGGUUCUGGUUGGUCGAUGCCAGAAGAAAUGGACCAGGAACUCCUAGAAGAGGAACAAGAUGGUGUCUUUCGCCCAGAGGACGGUACACCAACUAUAGACGAGGGUUUUCCUCUCCAAAAGAAGACUUUAUCCGUCUUACAGGUGGCCGUUUCUGCUGUAGAGUCUGAAGGUGCACAAAAGGAGGUUCUCUCUACUUUACAGGAGGCUGUAUUUGCCCGAGAAAAUACUUUUUCUGCCCCGCUAUUAGCCAUUUCUCUCCCAGAGAAGAUUUCACGUCCCUUACAUGUGGCCGUUUCUGCCUCACCGUCUGCCCCAGAGAAACCCUUGGCCAAGGCUGCCUUAGUGGAGGUUGUCCCUACCUUCGAGGACACAGUGUCUCUCUUAGAGGCUCUGACUGCCCCAGGGGAAGUUACACAAUCACGUCAGAAGGUUCACCCUCCCUUACAAAGGACUGUCAAGGUUGUGUCUGCACCAGAGGAGGUUGGUUCUGCGCCAGAGGAGGUUGCCAUGGCUCCACCUGCCAUGGAAGCUGUCCUGGUGUUGCAGGAUGCUCUGACUGUCUUAGGGAAUGCUUCACCUGGCAUAAAGGAGGGUGAGGAAGAGGAGUGUUUAAUCGAGGAGGAAGAAGUGGCUAUACUUGUGGCUUUGGAGGAUGUCCCUGCCUCAGAAGAGGUUGAGAAGGCUCUACCUGCCUUGGUGGAGGCUGUCCCUGCUUUAGAGAAAGAUGAGGAGGUGGCUACACCUGCCUUGAUGGAUAAUGAGUGCAGAGAGGAUGAUCUGUCUGUUUUUGACGAGGAAGAGUGCUCCCCAGAGGUGAUGUGUAGGCCCUGUAGUGUGGACCUCAGUAAGAGCAAAGUGCCUGUUGAAGUUCAUGAUGAUGAUGAUGAUGAUGGUCCUAUCAAAGCUAGAAGAAGAGCUCAGAACACCCGGCAACUAAUCAGUAGCGAGGACGAGAUGACCGGUGAAACCAUGGAAACAGCACGGGAAGGAAGCGUCACUGAGGAAGUGGAAAUCGUGCCAUCCCCGCCAAAAAAGAAAAUGGGCCGGCCGAGAAAGACUCCUAUUAUUAAAUACACGCAGGUAGUGGUGCCCAACUUUGACCCGGAAGUGAUCUCGACUGAUGAGUUUGUUCCGGUUCCCGGGCCUCACCUAUUCUGGAGGAAUGAGCAUAGCCUGUGUUGGCUGGACACCUUGCUGGUAGCGCUGGUCCACCUUCACACCCUGAGGGACAGAUGGCCCACCAAGAGGCCCACUGUAGGUCAACCUGUCUGGGACCUGUGUGAGAGUUACAACCGGGCCUGUGGUCUCAUCACAGCCUACCAACACACUGACGCAGAUGGUGUUGUCAGAGUGCCCUCUGCGGUGUUACAGAGGGUCCAAACUGAGAUGCAAGCCAUCAGGAUGUCCAUCUUUAGACUGCUGGAGCCGCUACUGAAAUGUAAACUGGGUCAGAAUGAGACACCUGUGUUUGCCCUGCCCCUCCUCCUCAAGGCUGACUCCUGGGCAGAACCCCUCUUCCAGCACGCUUAUGAGUGGCAGUUCGAGUGUAUCUCAGCAACUUGUCAACAUGCCACCAACACCAAAUGUAAGAAGACCCUCACCACUUUCACCAAGGUGCUUUCCGAUUGGCACCCUCUCAACGCAGCCCACCAAUCACGUUGCAGCAAGUGUAAUAAGAGGAAGCAGACCAGGAUGUUGGUGCUGGAGAGGGUGUCUCCUGUGUUUGUGCUGCACUUUGUAGAAGGUCUUCCUGACAACGACCUCUGCGUGUACUCCUUCACCUUCCAGCAGCAGGAAUACACCGUCACCACAGUCAUACAGUAUGACCAGCAACUCAAGCACUUUGUCACCUGGAUACGCAGAACUGACGGAUCGUGGUUGGAGUUUGACGAUCUGAAGCACCCUAACUGUGUCUCCCACACCCAGUUGGUGGUCCCUCCUAGAGAAAUCCAUGUUGUCUUCUGGGAGUUGAAGACCGACAGACCGGACAACCCACAGACACCCUGCUCUCUCCCUGUAUCCCUGACAAGCACUUUACUGAUACACAAAGAACUACUGCAACCUCCCUUAGCCAAAUUCUUUGUCAACAAUGAAUCUCAAGACAUCGCUCAGUCGGUCUCUGAUGAUGCGGACACUGACAUGGACACAAACAUAACUGCUGGCUAUAUUGAUAACGAUAUGGACACAACGUUAACGAAUAACGUUAACGCUCCCAUCGCCAUCGGUUCCACCAGUGUGCUUCAAGGCGCACCGGUUCAAUCCUGUUACCACAACCUCUCUCUCCCCCUCCUUCACAACGACACAGCCAUUGUCGAGGCACUGACUGUGUCUGACGAUACCGACAACGACAUCAUGGACACCACGGUAACCUCCGGUAAAGCUGGCAACUCGUCUAUCAGUAGCACCACACUGCUUGACACUUUCGAGGGCCUCUCCCACGAUGACGUUGUCACCCUGACGCUCGUAGAGGUCAAAGUUGGCUCUGAUGGGAGGCCGUUGGACGACAACGAUGUCUCCCUGGCUCCCAGGCAAAAUGGAAACCUCAGUCCUCCUCUACCUGCUCCUACACCUGAGGCUGAGAACCCUGCACCUGCCCAUGAAAUGCCCCCUGAAACAGAUGUUGUCGUCAUCAAAAGGCCAUCGUCCCCUGAUACUGCCGGUGGGUUUCUCCUUGACAGCAGUGACGGUCCUUCUGAGCCCGACUCUGAAAAGCCCACACCACCUAGUCCUCCCAGGCUCAGAAGGGGCAGAAGCUCCAGCAAUAAAGCCAAAAUGAUGGCAUCCAACACUCCAGUUGCACCAGCAGCUAAGGUGGUCACAACAACACCACCAAGAACAGCUACACCAAUGGCACUUCCUGGAAAGUGUGGUGGAAUAAUCCUGCCCUCAGUUGUAUCUAUGAUGUCACCGUCGUAUGUGGAACCCAGCACCCCAGCACCAGAGGCCCCUACUCCUCCUUCUCCCCCACCCCACUCCAAACCCGCUACUACCUCCACCUCUCUGCAGAGCAAACCCGGCCUUCCUCCACCCCCGGACCCCAACUCUCGCUGGUCCUACCUGCUUAGCCUCCACCCCACCUCCAUCCCCAAUCCCCCAAGACCAACCAGUCACUUCAAACACUCAACACCCAACCGGUUCCAGCAGCUUUCACAUAGCUGGCAGACCCCAAGGAUGGCUCCCCCCAACCCAGACGCCAGGUUGAAGAAGCCUCCGCCUCCGCCUCUACCCAAACCCAAGCUAAGUAAGGUGGACAACGAGGCCCUGCCGGUGAAGGCUGCCGAGAUGUAUGGAGGGUUCCAGGCCAGAAGCAGGAUCGUAAAUAUAAACAUGAACAGCCCCUCCAAGACUUCAUCUCCCACCCAGCUUCUCUCUCAAAGAACUGACCCUCAAAAUUGCGCCUGGAAGAUAACAAGUCAACCUCCUGCUCUCGUCUCGCGAAAACCCCUUAUCAACCACACCACUUCAGCAGUGCCUAUUGUUACCUCACUUCCUCCCUCUCCAGGAGUCACGGAGAUCCCUAAAACCUCUUCCUCCAGGAAACACAGCCCCGGCGGUCAGGUCAGUGAGACCGAUGCCCUCCGGUACAAGCUGCUGAAGAAGCUGAAAGCCAAGAAGAAGAAACUAGAGAAGCUGAAUCAGAUGCUGGGUUACCAGGGGGGUGCGGGAGGACGGGGGGAAGUAACCUGCACACCAGACAUCACUGAUCGGAGUCCCUCCCACACCGUGAGCUCUAGUACCUCUGUCUACGACAGCCCCGCAUAUGACCAGUUCUUUGCUGACCUUCUGUCGCCGGCGACGACCACCAGCAACCUGUCGCCGGCGACGACCACCAGCAACCUAUCGCCGGACAGCACGGGUUUGCUGGAGAUGCUGACCACCAAUGGGCAAGAAGGGGGCGGGGACUUGGCGUGUGGGGGGAAUGGUAUUAGUGGAGCCUCACAGGUGGGGACUCCUGUGAUCUUGCAUCCGGCCAAUCACGGUGUAGUAGUGCCACAGCCUGGUCUAGCCGAGCCAAUCACGACCUCUGGUGAGAACUUCCUGGAAGAGUUCAUAUCAGGGUCGGCCAAUCAGCAGACGGAGAUGGAGACUGAUACCCUUAGUGCUCUCGACCUGUUCUUUUAGGCACGUUAACUACAGGUCUAGGAUCUGCUAACAACUCUUACCCAACCCCUAAGCUUAAACGUUGGGGGAAAUGCAAAGCUUACCUCAGAUCAGUGGCCAAGGCUACGUCUCAAAUGGCAUGCUAAUCCCUAUAUAUAGAGCCUCUGGUCAAAAGUUGCACCAUAGAGAUCCUAUUAAAUUAAACUAUUCUAAUUCCUAAUUAUAUGAGUAGUGCACUCUAAAGGGAGUAGUGUGCCAUUUUGGAUGCAGUCAGACAGUUUCUCGUAGAAACUGCAUGCUACUAUUCCUUUCAGUCGGGAGAGUGUGUGUGUGUGUGUGUGUGUGUGCUUGGCAUCAAUGGGUUGUUCUGUUCUGGGUAGCAUGUGUUACAUGAAGCGGAAUCAAACUGCCAUUUUAAAGAGAGAGUUCACCUAAAUUACAAAGUGACAUAUUGGUUUUCUUACCCUGGAGGCAGUCAAUGGACAAGGUACGAUGGCGAUCCAUGCUUUGGUUUAGUUUCCCUGCCACUGUUUCCACGUUUUAGCAUUUGUGGCACAAAUCCCAUUCAAAUCAUGGGACUGAUUUAUUAUUUUUUACUCAUCCUGUUCAAAUCAUAUUUAAGUGACUUUGUUUAGAUUCACAAUGAAUUUUAGAUCAUUUUGGAUGUUUAGGACAGGAUGCAUGAAAAAUGCUAAUAUCGGUCCCUUGGAUGGGAUUUCUGAUACAAAUACUAAAACGUUAGCAUAUGGAAACAAUGCCAGGGAAACUUAACCAAAGCAUGGAUUGCUGUCAUCCAUAGACCUGCUUACAGGGUAAGGAAACCAAUGCAUCAUUUUGUCAUUUGGGUGAACUGUCCCUGUAACUCUGGUAAGCACUCGGAUAUCGCUCAUGUUUUUUUUUUUGUGGUUUAUCAAGAAUGUUGAAGUUGAACAUGGAGUAAUGUUAAUACUCACUGAGGGUUUGUCCUAAAUGCCACCCUAUUCCCUACGUAGUGUCCUGCUUUUGACUAUGGUCUAUAGGGAUCUGAUCAAAAGUAGUGUACUUUUUUUUAAAGGGAAUAAUAAGGUGCCAUUUGUGAUGGAACCAUAGUACUUACAGGUUCUGAGGCUUUAAGGGAGAUUCAAAAUGGAGGUUGUUUCAGAGUGUUCUGGAAAGUUAAUAGACCCAAUUAUUUGAUCCUGCUUUGCGAAAAAAAAACUCCUGAAGACAACUGUAUGCUGUUUUUGUUUGCUUUUUAUUUUUAUUUUAGUUUGUCUGAAAUUACUUGAAAACUAGGGGAAAAAGCCUGACAUCUAGGAUAAAAAUAUGUUUGUGUUUUAAAGGGUGGUUCGAACUCUUAUCUUUUGAAUGUAUUUUUUGUAAUAAAAAACUGUGACAGAGUUCUAAAAUGUUGUACUGAAUCAGAUACUGUAUGUAAUUCUAAUAAAAUAUUAUUUACAUGGAUA